GGACCCCGUAGUUGCACGCAUGGCCCGCAGGGAUCAUGUUGAAGGUGACAGGUAGUGGUGCCAUGCUGGGUGUGCUGAAUCUGUUGCCGACCACCGUCUUCGCCGCUGCCGGUGACGGAGACGCAGUGAAGGAGGAGACCGCCCCGUUGCUCCGGGAUGAGCUGUCUCUGUACACCGCCGCUCCCCGGCAGGAGAGCCGGUAUGUGGAGCCUGAAGCGGGUCAGCUGGAGGAGAGUGUCGCCACCCUCAGGAAGUUAUUGGAGCCGUACACGGACUGGUGUCGGGGCACGUACAACCAUAUUAAACCCAAAGUUCAGAGAGCCGUCCGGUUCGGGAACGACACCUACAGCUACUUGAAGGACCCGCCGAAGGACUUCUACCCCCGGGCGGGAGUUAUCGGCUUCACCGGUAUCCUGGGGCUCUUUCUGGCCAGAGGCUCCCGGAUUAAGAGGCUCCUCUACCCGGCGGGCCUGGUGACCGUGAGCGCCUCCCUCUACUACCCGGAGCAGGCUGCGGCCAUCGCAAAGUCAACCGGAGACUCCGUGUACGACCGAGCCGUGCGGAGCUACGCAGCCGUGGAGAAGAUGGUGAAGCCCCAGAGCAAAGCCGAGAAGAGCCCCGACUCAGACACCAAACCCUAAAAAAGGAGUCCCUCAGUGUGGUUCUUACAACAAAGCAAUAAUAAAUCAACAUUUCCCGAUACUUUAGAUUGAUUGACAUGUGCUACCAAGACAGGAUUUAAAUGCGUGUGACUUUCUCAUGCCCACUUUUUGCACUAUUGCUUCACAUGUAACUCAGGCCGGGCAUGGCCUGUCACAAGGGCUCUGCCACUUGACUUUAACCGCUGCGUCUGAUUUGAAUGUAUAUUUAUGUAGAGAAUUAAUAAAAAAAAAAUCAACUGUCUUACAGGCAGCUUCCUUUGUCUUACAUUGUGGUAAACUGAAUGUAUUUGGGUUGUCAAAAAACAAAACAAUUUAAAUAACUAAACUAAUUAUCAGCCAAGCAGCCCUGAAAUCAACAUUUUUAAUUACUACAUCAUAAAGUCUGCACCAUGAGGCGUUAACAAUGGUAAAUACCAGCUGUUUAAUACAGUAUGUUAGCAAUCAGUAUUUCAAUAAAGGACAAUGUCUGGAAGCAAAUAUUUGAACAAUGUG